AUGGCUGAAGAAGUAUCUAAGCUUCCAUCUAGCCCUCGAGGAGAACUAGAGCAUGUAACAAUAUCUGUACUGCGGCCAACCAGUGCUGCAUCUCAUGUGUCAUCAGAAAAGUCCAUCACGCAAUCACCAACGAUGAUCCCAAAACUCCCACCAGCUCCGUUUGUGAGGGUACCAUCACCGCCGCUGAGAAUUAAAAGUGGUAAAAAGUCACAAGGUUCCAGUCGUAUGGGAAGCCCAGUGAAGAGUAUGGGCAGUCCUAUGCCGACAUCAAGUAGAAAUUCCGUUAGGGGAUCACGACCGGGUAGUGCCAAGAGCAGCAUUUCCAGUCUUUCCAGCGAGUUCCUGGGAAGUGCUCAGAUGGAGAGUCUACUGCAGGGACUGCACAAUGAGAAUAAAGCUGGUGGAUUCUUCAUGACAUUUUUAGAGAGAACGGAAAAUACAACAUGGAUUAAUUGUCUCCAAUGUUGGCAUGAGUUACAAAGCUACCAUGAAAAGUUCUACGCUGAAAUUUUCAACUCGUAUGAACUAGACAAAAAAGCACAGGCUGUUCAUUCUAAGUACAUUGUUGAAGGCUGCAAGUACAGCAUCGGUGUCGACUCAGAUACACGCAAACAGAUUUACAGAGAGAUAGACCCGCCAUUUGAGGAACUAUUUGAUUCCGCGGAAGAACACAUCCUGCAGUUACUGGUUAUGCCAUGGACAUUGAUGUCUGGCAGUGAUAAGGCACUCUAUCAGAAGAUUGAAUUAGUUGAAGAAAAGCGCCACCUAGAGACCAGUAAGUCCAAGCAUUUGAAGUCGUUACAGCGAAGGGGACUCUUUAAGGAACGUGUCGCAACUCCUGAAUUUAUCGAUGAAGACACAAAACGUGAAGCAUACUUCCUAUCUUUAGAGGACAGAGUUCCAGAAGAAUUCAAAGACUUUUCUUUCAAUACAUUGAUUCACAACAGAUUGGAAUUGGAGCAGUUUAGACUAUUUUUAAAUGAUAACUAUGCCAGUAUGGACCUGAUGUGCUGGUUGGAUAUUGAGGCAUUCCGUAGGAUUCCACAUUCAGACAACGAGAGACGAGAUGAAAAAGCCAAAGAAAUUAAACAGAAAUAUUUGAAUAAGAAAUACUUUUUUGGUCCAAACAGUCCGGCUGGUAAGGAGGGACAAAAUAAGGUAAUGCAAGCCGGUGGUGGAUGGGGUAAAAUAUUACAAGACAGACCACCGACACCGGUACUGCUCGAAGUACAGAAAUAUGUACGAGAGAGACUUGAAAGACGAUGGCUGCCGAUGUUUAUCUGUACGUCAGACUUCCAGGAAAGACAACACCCGCAAGUUAAGAUGGAUGAAGUUGUUGAUGAUGUCAUGAUGAAUAAACGCAAAAAGACUCAACAAGUUUGGAAGAUGUUGGAAAGUCGAUGGGUGUCGUCAUCCCGAGAUAUCAUAGCAUUCCGCAAAGUCUUGAUGAAUCCAGUGUCCUGCAUGCAUUUCAGGAAGUUUGUGUCCGUGAGGGGCGAGAAUUUAGAGAACGACGUUCUCUUCUGGUUAGAAGUGCAAAGAUACAAGGAUCUUUACCAUGCGCAUACAGAGGAUGGCAUUAUACAUCAGAAGAUCCAAGCCGUCAUUCAUUGCUUCCUUGAUUCACAAAUCCCACCUCCUUUGCAAAUUGACAUCCCGCAAGAACAAGCCGAAAAGAUUCUGGACAAGAGGCCCAAAGAAAUGGGACCCUAUGUGUUCAGAGAAGCUCAGUUGACUGUUUUCAGGGUGUUAUUUGCACAUUGGGCAGACUUCUGUAACUAUAGAAACACAAUGGAUGAAUCCAAGAUGGUAGAAGAGUUGGAAAAGAAGAGAAGACGACACAGAGCCAGGGAGAGGGCAAGACAGCGGGCAUUGGAAGAAAGAGAAGCUAAGGAAGAAGUUAGGCGGGCUCGAAGAGAGAAGGGAUUGGCAGAGGAAGAUGAUGAUGAUUCUGAAAUGCGUAGUCAGGCCGGAAGCACUGUGAUACCUGCAAGCCCAUUGGCUGAUUUCCUGCAAGAAGAGGAAGAAGAGCAGCACAUACAAUGGAGAUAUUCUAACUACAUAAAAGCCUUGGAGAAAGAAGAAGCUAUUAUGAAUGCAGAUGAGAAAGCAUCUUCUAUCUUGUCUAGCAGUGAAUUAGGUUCCAUGACAACAAAAAGUGCAACAGAAGAUGCUAAAGAUGAGAGCAAAUCUGAUGAAACUGUGGAAGUGCAUGGUGAUAAGAAAAAGAGACUUUCAAUAAGUCAGGACAUGGAUGUCAAAGGUGUCAGGAAAAUCAACAAAGGAGGAAAAGAAAAUGACAAAAGCAAACAAACAAACAACAUGGAUGGCAACACAACUGAUGUGCAGAGUGACACUCACAGAGGAAAGAAGAAGGUUUCCAUGGCAAUAGAUGGCAAAGAUGAAAGGCCAGGAAGUGGUGGUGAAAAAGUGAAAAAAGUAAAAAUGACACUGAAUGGAAAGAGUCCCAGACAGACGGUGCCAGCCUUAAAAAUAAAGAAGUAAUACAAUUUCCA